CCUGUGAAGUCGCUGGCUUCACCGCCGGGGAGAGGGGGUGACCGCGGCAGAACAAGCGGGUCUCGCCCGGCAGGAUGGGCGGGCCUUGGCGGCUCCUGCGCGCCCUGCGGCUCCGGCUCCUCGGGCCAGAGAAGCAGCUUGUGGACAGCGACCCGUUUGGAAACAAAUACUACAAGAUCCCCAAACACCAAACCUGGGCUGGACAGACCAUUCCAGAGAAAAGACUAGUAGAAGCUGUAAAUCAAGAGGAGUAUAAGUAUGAAGUGGGUGACCUGCCAACAGAAUGGGAAGCUUGGAUUAGAAAAAGAAGAAAGGAUCCACCCACAAUGGAGGAAAUUCUUAAGAAUGAAAUCUAUAGAAAAGAAAUAAAAGUGAAAAUCACAGAUGCUUCUGAAAAGGACAGCCUCCUUCAGACCAAGGAAUAUGAGGGACUUGUUGCUGAACCAGUUCAAACUCAAAUUAAAGGCCAUGCAUCAUCCCCUUACUAUGGAAAGAAUGAGCCUUCACCAGACCCAUCCAGCACUGCAAAAACCUUUCAGCCAGGUUCCUGGAUCCCACCAGAUAGCAGUAGCCGUAAUAAAUAAACAGUUGUAAUGUGAAAAAUCUUGCCAGUGAAUUGCAUAGAUAAUUGCUCUAACAAGCAACAUGACUGAAGAAAACUUUUUCAUUUACCAACUGUUGUGUG